GCGCCUUCUCAAUGCCAUUGUGCGAGUAAACCACUUUAUGUGUGGCCAUUCAUCAUCGUUUUUCCCCGCGUUUGUUGAAUGAGAUUGUAAAACCGCCCUUACUCUGCCUAUGGAAAUGCAUAAACUUUCCCGAUUCCGGAAGGGAAGGUGUUGGGCGAGGAGUCCCAGCACACAGCGCAGGUUUCGUUUGUGUUGGGAAUUAGCACAAGGUAGUGCGUUUCCUAACCACAAAAAUCAGUCUAGCUUCGGAAGGCGAUAGACAGCAAAGAAAAAAAUCUCCAGCUGAGAUGAACUGGCGUCACUUUCGCCUGGACCUUACGAGGAAAUAAUCUGGGAGGAAGAAAGCUGCAACAACCAGGAGCGAUUCCAAAAGAGGAGAAGGGAGGUUCCGCGGCGGAGUGCGACUGGAGGAGCAGCCAGUUUAAAAGUUGGCUUGCUGGGAAAUGUAGUUAACGGCUCUCUGGUUUUCGGGAAAGCUCAGCUGGACUAGACUACAACUCCCAGAAGCUCCAGGGGCUCCCGGGCAGUACGCGUGUGCGGCGCCAGGAAGGGACAGCUCCGGUGCUGAUGUUGGAGCCGGUGAGCGAACCCCAAGAGUGCACUGUGGAGCGUGAAGCGAGAGGUCUGUGAACGCUUGACCGGGCUCCUGGGCCAUCAGUGUCUUAACCAGAGAGAAAGGACACUUUGAGAACAAUGAGACACGAAGCUCCCAUGCAGAUGGCCUCUGCCCAAGACACCAGGUAUGGCCAGAAAGACUCCUCUGAUCAGAACUUUGACUACAUGUUCAAACUGCUCAUCAUUGGCAACAGCAGUGUGGGGAAAACAUCUUUUCUGUUCCGUUACGCGGAUGACUCCUUCACCUCUGCCUUCGUCAGCACCGUUGGGAUCGAUUUCAAAGUCAAAACUGUUUUCAAAAAUGAAAAGAGAAUCAAGCUUCAGAUUUGGGACACAGCAGGCCAGGAAAGAUACAGGACCAUCACCACAGCCUAUUACCGUGGGGCCAUGGGCUUUAUUUUAAUGUAUGACAUCACAAAUGAAGAAUCCUUCAAUGCAGUGCAGGAUUGGUCAACUCAAAUCAAAACAUACUCAUGGGAUAAUGCCCAAGUCAUCCUGGUGGGGAACAAAUGUGACAUGGAAGAUGAGCGGGUCAUUUCAACCGAGCGAGGCCAACAUUUAGGAGAACAGCUUGGUUUCGAGUUUUUUGAAACAAGUGCCAAGGAUAACAUUAAUGUCAAGCAGACAUUUGAGCGUCUUGUGGACAUCAUCUGUGACAAGAUGUCCGAGAGUCUGGAGACGGACCCGGCCAUCACCGCCGCAAAGCAGAAUACAAGACUCAAGGAAACCCCUCCUCCACCGCAGCCCAGCUGUGGCUGUUAGUGUCUCCACCCACAAGCCGCACCUGGGGGGGUGGUUGCUAAAAACAGCAUUUAUAAGUGAUCGAUUAGCCUUCAUUUAUACUGCCUAAUAAUUACCUGAGGGAAAUCUUUGAUGUCAGUGGCUCGAACAUGCAUUAAAUUCUGGGGAGGUUUCUUCCUGUGUUAACAUAUGGCAAAUACAUGAUCUUAACUUUGUAAGAACUGUCGAUCUAUAAACAUCUGGUAUUUGCAUGUGAUUUGUUGUCUUCUAGGCUCUUUUUGUUUCAGAUUUCUUAGAUUAGGCUAUUGCUGGGACCUCUGAUUAUAAGUGCAGUACAACUGACUUUUGUGCCAUGGGUUCAAAUGAUGCAAUUCACUUGUAGGGGUGAUAACCAAGGAAUUGGGUGUGUGUGUAUAGUAUGGGCAGGGAAAGAUCCCAGGAGACCUUAUUUGCUUUACUCUCGAUUGAAAAUCAAGUGGAAAUAUUGCUCAUGAUUAUAGAGGCUGUCACAGGUCAGUUUACUCUUUAGGAAAGUUGUCUAUUUUUUAGUGUUAUUAAUAAGCAAGAAAACCAUUGACUAUAAAGAAAUUAAACUAUUAAAGCCCUUGCAAAUUUUCUAAGAGAUUAAUAUUUACCUGGCUGGAAGUAGAUUUUAACAGUAAUCUUCAUUUAGAUGUUUAAGGAAGGAAUACCUGACCCAGGACUGCUCCACCCAACCUCCCAAAUAUCUGAGGACACUGACAGACCGAAGUAUCUGCUGAAUGUGUUAUGUAACAGGUAUCUUAACCAAGAAGUCUAGGAGUAGCUGUAUGAUUCCAAGGCCUGAGCUCCCUCCAUAUUAUUUACCAUCCUGACUUUCCGGACCCUUCUCCAACCAUUGCCUUCUGCUUAAACUUUCCUAACUUCCUUUACCUAGUUAUAAAUCACUUAAAUAGUAUUUCCACGGCUCUUAGGUUGAGGAAAAGACAAUUUUCACCUCUUAUCAUUUUCAAUCCAGGUAUUUAUAUUUUUAAGGCAUAUCACCAUUCUGCAAGCUUUUACUUAUUUUUUGGAGCUGAGAGUUACAGAAAUACUUUAGGAUGCCAUAAGCAGAGUCCCCAUCGUGGCACAGUGUAAACGAAUCUGACAAGGAACCAUGAGGUUGAGGGUUUGAUCCCUGGCCUUGCUCAGUUGGUUAAGGAUCCAGUGUUGCUGUGAUCUGUGGUGUAGUUCUCAGACACAGCUUGGAUCUGGCAUUGCUGAGGCUGUGGCAUAAGCCAGCAGAUGUAGCUCCAAUUAGACCCCUAUCCUGGGAACCUCCAUAUGCCGAGGGUGUGGCCCUAAAAAGACCAAAAAAAAAAAAUGGGGAGGGUGUCAUUAGCAAUUUGAGAGGAGAAAGGAAACCACUUGAACCCUCGCAUUUUUUCUCCCAGAUUUCCUAAAGACCAUGUAUGAAUGACAAGCAUACCAAUCCCACCAGCGAUUCUAACUGAGCACUAAAGAGAAACAUGGCCUCUGUCUCACUACCCAGCAGUAUUUACAGCUAGGACACAGAUUGGCAACUUGGAAAAGCAAUUCCAUUGGAUAGAUUUUCCCUUUGUUGGUGGUCUUAUUAAAGGGAUUUUUCUCUUUUUUUCAAUACUAGAGAUACUUCCCAUCAAGUACUAAGUGCACGUUUACUGAGCAGGGAUAUUGAUAGGGAAAGAUGCUAAAGAGGUAUCUGGAGAAUAAAUGCCUACAAGUCAGGGAACUAGGUCACAUACAUUAUAAGUAAGCCAGAAGAUGAAAAUCACAAGAGAAAGCAUUUGGGAUAUCUUAGGCAUAUCCACAUUUAUUAUUUCUCAUCAUAUUAGCUUAAGAUCCACUAAUUGGAAAUAAAUUUUCACUUUGACAUUCUACAGUGCAGGCCUUAGCUAAGUGAAGAGAAGAAAACAUUAAUGCUUUAUUAGAUUUUAAUGGGACAACCAGCUUCACAAAUAACAGAAAUAAAAGUGACGGGAAAGAGUAAAGGCAGGGGCCAUUAAAGCAGGUAUGUUUGCAACAGAAGCCUAUUUGCAUGAUAUCGUAAUAUUUCUGUAAUGUGCACUAGAAAGUGGCCAUAUUAAAUGAUGCAGCUGUUAAGCUGACUUUUACAAUAUAGUACGAAGCAAUAGAGCCAGAAAGACCUUCCCAUCUUCUCUCAGCCCUGAUCACAUACAUAUAGCUAUAUGAUAUUUCAGAUGACUUUUUAAGGAGGACUUUGAUGCAUGUAUUACUGUAAAAUGGAAAGCAAAAUCAGAGAGGAGGUAGAAAAUUGGAAAGAGAUGAGUUUUGCCCUCUUGUAAACUUCUCCGAAGAACUCAUUGCUGUUGAAAUUGGCCCUAGAACCACAGGACCUGAAAUAAGUACCCACUUACACAAUGUCAAACACACUGAAGUUGAACUACUCCAUCAUAGGAGUGUGAUACAGCAACAGCACAGGUGUUCAUUGUCAAGUAACAUCUGAUAAUUCUAUUUUCCAAACUUCAAUGGAAAUGGAGACUUCCUAAUUGAUUCUCAGUUCUGAAGCUCCCACCCUAGUUGGAAUUUCACUGAUAAGCUUUCAGAAAGGCCUGUCACAGAGCUCAAUGUAUUCAAUACUUAUACUCCUGGUGUAAAAGCCCAUUGGAAGAAAGAAAACCCUGUAUUCCUAAUCUCAUCAAGAAAUCCUGAUUUUAAAAUCAAAUUUUGCAAAGGAGGAACCAGCCCAGGGUUAGCUAAGUAAACUUCUGUUGGCAUCAAGCCAUAUUUCUUGUAAAUUUUAGCACUGUAGUUACAAGGAUGUUCAGCCUUUUGGCUGACAUGCCCACAAAUGUGUACACAUACGUUCACACAAUACCUCCCACAUUCUCUCCAUCUGCUAACAGCUUAAAUAAACACGGAUCAUUUAAUGGCCUAACUAAAUUUGUAUUCAAAAAAACAAAAGUAUACACUUGCCUUAGUUUGUAAAUUGUAGACAUCCAUCUUUUGUCUUUGAUGCAACUCAGUGUUUCAAGUAUAAAUUUCUCUUCCUUUGCCACUCAUCUCCUCACCACCCCUACCCGUCCAAUUACUUCUAGAACAAAACUUUGAUUGCUUUAAGCAGAUACUUCCACGAGCUUUGGUUUGGGGACAUUCCUUUCUGUUCUUGAUGUAAAUGAAAAAUUGGACUGGAAAUUAUUUUCUCUAAAUGGCAACUCAUGGAGUGGGUGUGCAUUUCAGCUUUUGGGCAUGUUAGUUGAUGUAGAAGGUGCGUGAAGUCUCUUAAGUUUUUAGACAGCAGUUUAUAAGUUAGCAUGAUAUCUACAGGCUCAUAAGAAAAACUGCUUUAAGACAAUGAUUUAAUUUAUUGCCACUUUCCCACCAACAGCUUCCAAUCCCUUGAGGAACGUCUCCUCCUUAGGUCCACUUAAAGUCAAUAUCCCUUUGAUGCCUAGUAAGUAAGUGCUAAGAUUUUUAUUUGGAAAGGGAACUAUGAUGAUGCCUUUGGUUGUAGCAAAAAGCUGCAGCAUUGUUAUGUUACAUGUGAACUAUCAAUUCUAUAAAAACUACAACCCCAAUUAUACACAACAUCGAUAUACUCAGUAAGCAAAUAUAUAUUUCACCUACCUCUUAUCCAGAUUAGGUAGAGUUCUUUUGUUCAGCACAUUGGUUAUUUUUCAGGAACCAAUUUAAACUUCCAAUUUCAACUACAUCUGUGCUGAGGAUAGACUUUCAGGGAUGCAAUGUUCUUUUUUAAAAAAGUAAAACAUGGUCUACUAAUAACUAAACUUCCAUGAAGCAACAUUCAUUUUGGAGUGUGAUAGUCAUCAGUGGCUUAUUGUGAUGUGCUUUAUCCACUAUGUAUCUUCAUGCUUGGUGAAGAUAUACCCUGCCAUUCUUCAGUCAACUGUGUGGCAUUUGUGGGGCUGUAUUAUAAACGUAUCUGGACUCUAACAAGGCUGGUAGCAGCUGCAUGUGAAAAACUAAGAUAAAUCUUACCUAAGUCAUGACUAAAACCCUUCUAGGCCAAAAUGUAUUUAAUAAUUUUCAUAUGCUAUUGGAAUGCUCCAUCAGGAAUUUUUGGUGUGGCCUACUUGGGAGGUAGCCUGUCUUUCUGUCUGAAGAAUCCUCUCUCUCAAUUAUAGUUGCAUGACUGGUAACUGGAACACUUUGUUCCUUUGUGUGUGUACUCAGUGUGUUAUGUCAGGGUGCUGUAUGAGCAGCUGGUCCCACGUGGCCUUUCUAAUCACCCCCUGGUAGCACACCCUCCACAGCUCUGCUUGGCUUUGCCCAUUUGUGUAUACCUCCUGUGCUUUAGCAGUCUGUCAUUAACAUGGUGAAGUCUUUCUAAUGAGCUGAAACACUCAGAUCAGCAUUUUUGAGUCCUAUUUUAGGUAAGUUUUUGAUCAAAGCGAGUUAAAAACCUAAACCUGUUUUAUAUUCUGAAGUCAAUUGGGACAAAUUGAGUAAAAGAUGAAAUUUAUAACCAGGAAAAAAAAAAAAGCACCUUGAUUAUAUCUACAGUGUACCUAAAGGGCUCCAGGUUCUAAAAUACAAUAUCCUCUAAGGGAGCAAAACAAGUCUGGAGAAUUUAAAGUAUAACCACCCGCUGUUAUUUCAUAACAAAUGCUUUUUUUUUCUUAAAAACCUUUACAGAAAUGCUCAACACUCUAGUCAACUACUUCCCUUAAGCAGAUUAAAAUAUUUACACUUGGGCUACAUUGAUAGUGUUACCUCUCCGAGCACAUACACACUCACAGAUACCUUUUCCAGGAAGCAAAACGUCAGUACAUAGUACUUUCUCAGUGCUAGUGAAAAGAGAGCUUUUACUAAUGCUCCAGCGGAAACUCACAUUUUCUUUCAAAGGGUCUAUGAAACAGUUUCCUCACACCAAUUUUAUUUGUGUGUCUGUGCAUAGAAUUCCUGCUAAAAGGAGAGGACAGAGAGAAUAUAUUUUGCAAAUGUUCUAGAGAAAAGAAAUUACUUCCAAGCCUCUGCAGGAGCUUGAGUAAUAAGAUCAGACCAUCCAGCUAGUGGACAAAUUGAGCUUUCUAUUUGCAGUUGUCUUCUCUACUUCUUGACUUUUUUUAAUCAUUUAACUUUUUUAAAGCACUAUACUCACAGAAUGACAGGAGCAAGAACAGGAAAUGAGACUCAAGUUUCACCAUUUACCUCCCACCAGCACAGUUAUUGGUAGAGUUUCAACCAGUUGUUACUUGCAGAAAUGAGGUUGUUGGGGGGGAGGGGGAGAAGGUACCUGCAUACUUCAUUCACCCAUGUUCAUACUUUCCUUCAUUGUGGACAACUGAGAGUUGGCUCUGGCUUUAUUUAUUAAUGGAAAUGUUUCCAUGUUCAUGGUUUUUGGGCCUUAGAGGUUGCUUAGGUUCAUGAAUGCUGUUCUUAAAGAUGCAGAUGCAUGAGCCACAGACACCUGGCCUUUCAGGGACAUGAUUGUAACUUACAUGUGUCUAGUGGUUACAUAUUCCUCUUAAAAGUGAAGUCUGGAGAUUGUUUGCUGUUAUCAAUAUGAUGGCUUUCCAUGCAACAUCUCAUCAUCCCUAGGAUAUGUGCUGAAUGAAAACUUCCUGUAAUUCCUGUUAAUAUAUUGUUAAUGUCAGACGUGCUGUGAUACCGUUGAACUGUCCAAAUGUACAACUAUUUAAUGGUGUUUGUGGAACUGAAAUGUCUUAAAUGUUGCAUGAAAUAUGUUAUAAAAAUAGAUUUGUUUUCUAUUUUUCAACACCUCAGAAUUGAGGGUUCAUGGGCCAAUAAGUGCAAUAUUUAAUGACUUACUCAGUGUAUAUAAACUAGUGUGAAAGAGUGAAUUAUAAUGAAUGUGUGAGAUGCUUUGAUGGCUGUUUGACUUACUCAAAUUAUUUCCUGUAGCUGUAUUUGUCUAGUGGUGCAAUUUAUACAGUAAAUACCUUAUUGGUGUCAUGUGAAACUCCUCUGUGCCUACUUUAAAUUAUGCUUUCUUCCUAUAAAACCAAACAUUUAGGAUCUGCGAUUAUAUUUCAAUUUUGCCUUUUAGAAUUGUGGAUUUUAUUUUGAAGACAGAAAGGCUGUUAUUUUACGUAGGCAUUUUCUUCUUAAUUGCGAAUUCUCCGUAAGUCCUUUAUGAGAGGCUAAUUUAGAAACCUUAGAAAAAAUACGCACAUAAGGAAAAGUCAUUUUUAUUGUUCUCUGAAAUAUUGAUCACAUGUUCUAUCUACUAAGAAUUUACACUAUGUUUAUGUGUAUAUUUUACUGUUACUCAACCCUGUAUUCUGCUUGCAAAUUUAACAUUGUCAAUCCUGGGAAUCCUAAAAUAUUGAUGUCUUUUUAGGUUGUUGCUAAUGUUAUCUUCACUUUCAAUUCUCAAUUGUCCACACUGAUAAUAUAGAAGAAACAAGUCAGAAUCCUUAAAUCACUUUUGUAUGUUCUCAUUAACUCAUAUGUUCAUCCUCAAACCCCCUUGAUUAAUCUCGUAACUGGUGGCCUAGAACUUCACUGAGAUGCAAAAGUCAAGCAAAUGGUCCUGGUUGCUGGAUUACCAAAAACUGUAAGUGUUUAUAUGUAUGAAGAUUCAAGUAGGCCAACUACCUUAAACUCCUAUUUUCUAUUUCCAUUUCUAGGGCAAAGUGCUCAUUUUAAUAUUGUGCUUUGCUUUUUCACUUAGAGUAAAUCAUAAUACCCUUAGGAAGGAAAGUUGAGUUUUCCACUAAAAAUAUGAAGAGAAGUUGGAUUUAGAUGACCUUGGCCAUCUGUACAUCAUAUGAAACCUUCAGUUCUCUCUAUGGAAACUGCCUGAAAUUGACAUGUGAGGAUGUGCCAAUCAUAUUACAUAGUUUUGGGCUACCACCAGAGAUGUGUGGCCGUAUUUUACAUAUGAUAGCCUGAAAUUUUAUACUCAGCUCUCAGACCCACUGAGAAAUCAAGUGAAGGUGGGUGAAAUGGGGAGAUUAGUGAUGACUUGUGCCAAAUCUAAAAAAAAAAAAAAGAAAAAUAUAAGCAGGUAGCCAAUAUUAGAAUGAUGAUUUAAGGGUAUAUUUAAAUGUUUAGUUAGUUGUCAACAGUUAUGAAAUACCAUGUGCCCAGUACUGUGGGAAGAGGUAUGGCUCUGGCCCCUAAUAAGCUUACUGACUGAAGAACAAGGAACAAAAUGCUGGGAUAUAAUCUAAAUGCCAUGUUGUGUUGGGAUAUAGGAGCACAGAGAAUGGGAAACCUAGAAAAACAGGAAGAGUCAAGAAGGGCUCUGCUGAAGAGGUCAGACGUGAUCCCAGGAAGCAUUAGAGGAGACUGUGCCAGGCAAGUAAGUGGGAAAGGUCAAAGUUCGUUCCCUUGAAUUGAAGGGUGACAGAGCUGACAGCUAGAGAUCAUUGUUUUUCUCCAGAGAACCAGACUGGCUGUUGGAAACCCAAAAAGUACCCCAGUUUGACUCUGUUUUUGUCCCCAUGAGGAAGACAGGUUGCAGCAUAAUCACAUUUCUCGUGCUGUGCCCUAGACUCAGCCCCCAAACACAAGUUGAUUUGAAGCUCAUUAGAACAGUUGAUUUAGACACUUUGCCCAUGCACCAAACCAUAAAACAUUGUUGAAUCCAAUGUCAACCAGGCGGAUGUGUGCCCAGAGAUUUUCCUGUGGUUCCAUGUUUCCCAUAAGGGCAAGGAGAAGUGCAUAAAUGAAGACCUUCCUUUGUGACCAGGCACUUUCAGCUCCUUCUCAGUGACUACACUGUUGAGCUCUUCUUGGGGAAAAAAUUGAGUUAACAGCUUAAUGCUUUCAUAUAGUGAUCGUGAUGUUUAUUUGAAUACUACUGCUACACAGUAAAUAUUGUGACUCUUCAUGUGUCCACAGGAGCUCUUGUCUGGGUUUGAAGCUAUAAAGUGUAUUCACAUUGUGAAGUUUUAAUUCGCUUUAUUGAAAUUGUGUAAGAACUGUUAUGUGCUCUAUUUAUUAGGUAUUAAGUUUGUAUGUGAAUUCUGUAUACACAGUGGUUUUUGUUCUUUGGGUUUAUCUUGUUUUAUUUUUUGGAGAUUACAAUAAAUAUCUAAGAGACUAUA